ACUAUUCAUAAUAAAAUCUAAAACUAUCACACCACAAAUACAGUCCACCGCUUAUCAGCAAAUUAACAUGUAUAUCAGGGCCCGAAGUCUAAAGCAUGUGGUUCGCCUGGUGCUAUCUGUGGUGCACCUUAUCCUCAUCAUAUUGUGUGUUCCCUUGGCAUUUGACGUAGGAGGAGUUUCAUGUGGCUUGCCUUUCUCCUUCACAGUAUUUUCUCUUUAUUUUGUUUUAACUUCGGUUAGACUUAUUGCAAGAAGAUCAGUUCAUUUCCGUUGGGUAUCGGUAUUAUAUUAUAUCCAGCACAUAGUUUUACCGUCUUUAUUGACUUUGUUUUUAUCUUACUACAGUUCAGAAGAAAAUAAGUCAAAGGAUCAUUUUCUUCCAGUUCAAGUAUGGAGAUAUUUUAUUGUAAAUUCUACUCCAAUAUUUACCAUUUUGGAAGGAUUCUGUUCGUUGUUACUUAUUCAAGCUAUUGGUCAAACUGUAAAUUGGCUUACAGUAUAUAAAUCGGACAGUUGGCUUAUAGUUUCCCUAGUUGGUAGUGGAUCUACUAUCACUGCUGCCUUGUACUUUUUAUACAGAAUUUAUGUGUUCCCAUUCACCCUUGAGACUAUCACAUCCUCAUUAUUGGGCUCAUUACUUACUUUAACGGUUGGUUUGGGUUUAUUUGGUAUUGUAUCUGGUAAAGGGUCCAUGAUUGAGUCAUCUUUACUUUUUGCAUACAUUGUUCGUUGCAUAUAUGAAACUUUCCCAAUCCUUUCAGAAGAUGCUAGUAAAGCCCUUACAUCCUUAUUCACUCAAACAACAAAUAAUUUAAAGAGUGAAAUCCCUUUACUCCCACCUCAAAUAACUGAUAUUGUUUCACAAUUGGUACCAUUUUUAGCUUCUAAUAUUCCUGGAUCAUUUAAAACAAUUUGGGAAUUCUUUAUUAUGGCUACUCAAAAGUUAACCUUACCAUUAUUACUUAAUUUAGCGUAUAGAAUUGGCGUAUUUUAUGCAGCAACCAAAAUCAUCCCCUCUUUAUAUCAUAGUGCCUCAUACCCUACAUCAACACCACCUAGGACACCAGCACUUCAAAGAUCCCGUCAAUCAUCAACAUCAUCAAUUUCAAACUUAUUAUUAUCGGAUGAAAAUAAUUCUCAUGGUCAACACUCUGAAGAAUCAGUAGUGGAACCAAUAGGAACUUCAGAAUCUCAUUCUAAUGACAACUCGAAGCCAACAGUUCAUCAUCAUUACAACAAAAAAUCAAAUGCUCCUCCUUCAACAAUUCUUAAACUUAUCUAUUCUUAUUCUCCAUGUAUCAUAAUAGCAGUCUAUACACAUCUAAUGAUGCUGUAUAAUGGAGAAUUGGGUACUGAACUUAAAUUAUGGGGGUUCUGGCAAGAUCAACCAGUCAUAGUAGUACAUCCUUGGCAGUUCUGGAACUGGAUAAAUAUGACAACAACCUUGAUCCUUUAUGCUGCCGAAUUAAUGGGUAAUAAUGGAUCUCAAGGUGGAACUGCCUUAACAAGUCAUUGGAAAAUUGAGUAAUUUCUGAAAUAAUCAUACUUGAAAGUAUAAUUCUACUAUACUCCAGUUGAUUUAGAUGUUGCUUAAUUUGCACAUGUUUAUGUUGUAUUAUAUAUAUGAGAGCAUUUUGGAGAGUCGAUCGAUCCUUAUUCAUACAAAACAAAAUACCCCAGUACGAGUCCUCCUUUUUAAUGACAGCAUGAUUUUUGCCAUCGUUAGUUUUUUAUAUUGAUUUUCACUUGUUUAUUCAAUUCUUUUUUGCAUGGCCUCUCUUUCUGGUCUUUACAUGGGUUUAUAUUAUUACUAUUAUUUAUAUUAUUAUUUCAA